AUUUUUGAUAUACUACUGUUAUUAAUGACAGUCAUGAUUUGAUGCUAGCUUUAACAUUAACAAUUUGAUCUUUUAGACAACCAUUUUUCUGUGCGAUUUUAAUAUAUAUUAUAUGAAACAUCUGUUAUUUUUUUGAACCUUCGGGUCAGUCCAUUGGUGUAAAUGUCUACUCACCGUUACAUAAAAGUACUUGGAUCGUGGUGUUUACUUUAUGUUCUUAAAAAUGGCACCGCCAUUUGAACAGUUGAAUGUCGUUCGUCGCUAAACACACUAUAGCUCACAACCCAUAGUAGUGUUUCUUAUUCCAAGCUGGGUAAUAUAAUCAGAAUAAUAAAAUUCAGUACAAUAAUGCUGGCUUCAAAAUAAACUUUUGCAGCUUACAAAACGCAACACUAUCAUUGAUAGGUAACUUACAUGUUAAAAAGUGCAAAUAGGCAGUAAAUGUUCCUUAAAAUGCUUGGAACCUGUAAAAACAUUGAGUAUCCAACUGAAACGUAAAUUAAAUGGGGUUUCUUUGGCUUAGUAAUAAAACAUACAUCCUCGAAGUCAGAAUACGUGUUAAAGUACUUGAUAUGAUUCGACGAUGCGAAUGGACAUUUAUAUAUUUAUUCACCGCGCAUCGAUAUAAUUGUACUUUGGCUAGGAUACUGUCCUAGUCAGUUACAACGAGUAACCAAACCGAGGUAAGUAAUAAAGUUUUUAGUAAGGACAGUUAGUAUUACUGGAAAUGUAGUAUUGUAAAUGCUAAGUAUGCUGUUUAUUAGUUUGUCACUUCUAAAAGCUUGAUUCCUACUUUUCGGUGACAUUUUCGUUUUAGCUUCAUUAUCUAUGGUUCUCAAUGACCGUACUUCGCAUAUUGUCGUUGAUACAGCACCUUUUGUGAAACGUACACGUCUGGAGACUUUCGGUGCAAGUAUCUACACCGUACCACAAGUUGUAGCUGAAAUAAAAGAUGUUCAAACACGUGAAUAUAUGGAUUGUUUGCCGUACACCCUACAUUGCCAAACACCGGAAAAUGAAUCCAUAAACAUAAUUAGAGGUAUUGCAAAACAAACUGGGGAUCUGUCAGUUCUUUCUACUACAGACAUUAAUGUCAUUGCUUUAACUUAUGAAUUGCAUACAAAAUAUAUAGGUCAGCCGAAAAUCAAAGAAGUGAAACCCUUGCCCAAUAACCUUGGUUCUUUAGCUCAAUGUCAAGUACCGAAAUCGGACACAGAAAGCAAGCUAUCUGUCGAUAAAUGUGAUGAAACGGAAGUAACAGAAGCAGAAACCAAUGUUACUGAAGGAUCUGAACCGGAUGAUGACGAUUGGAUAACAGAAGAUAAUUUUGAUGAGAAAGCUAUGACUAAUUUCGGACUUGGAGGAAAUAUUGCAGACUUACUGGAACCGAUCAAUGAGGCUCAAACAAAUGUCGUAGCCUGCCUUACGACCGAUUUCGCUAUGCAAAAUGUUCUCUUUCAUGCAGGCCUCGAUAUAGUAAGCAUAAAUGGUUUGCGCAUUCGUCAACCAAGAACACAUAUACUUUGGUGCUGUGCUUGUUUCAAACCUACUAAGCGUACGGAUACCUACUUUUGUCCAUGGUGUGGCCAUGCUAGUCUGCGUCGAAUUCCAGUUACUUUACAUGAAGAUGGUCAGUUAGAAUUCCACUUUGCGAAAAGAUUUGUACCAAGGCGGCGUGGUUCAAAACAACCAGUGAGAAUUCCAAAGGGUGGAAAGUACGCUGACGAACCAAUCUAUUGUGCGGACCAACGUAUUCCUGAUCGAAGACCAGCUCGUCCUAAAAAUCCAAAAGUAGCUCCAGUAGCUACUAAUGGCUUACUAGGAUUUGACGAUGAAGAACUAUCCAAUAUUUUGGAAUUCCAAUGUGAUUUAAACAAUAUAUCAUCAGCUGUGUUUCCAUUAAAUGAUGUUACUAGUCGAUCUGCACUAUGUGGUAUCCGAUCUGAUCAUCAAAUACCAAGCAGAGGAUUUUUACAAGGUGUACGUGCUGAACAUGGUCUUAAACCAACCAAAGGCAAAGUUCAUAUAGCUAAACCAAGAACGGGAAAUAAAAAGAAACAAAAAUCUUGAGUGAACAUACAUUUAUUUGAUCUAAAUGUAUAUUUCUUCCUCUUGACGUUUUUAAUAAUUAUAAAUAUUUCCCCAGUGACUUGUGUAUUUGAAGUAAAGCUAGAGGGAACUGACUUUUAGAUGGCAAUUGAAACAAAGUUUGCCAUUCAAAAAGUGUGAUGUGUUAAAACCCUGAUUCGAAAUUCAGACAUCCUAAUUUCUUUUUUCACCACUUACAAACUAUUUUUCAUUAAAUAAACCUUAAUGUAUUCUCACUACUUACAAA